AUGACGACUAAACCCUCCCAAAAGCAACUCGUGACUCAGUUCAUCCAGUUCACAGGCGCGAACGAAAAGUUAGCUACGAAGUUGCUCAAGGCGGCGAGUUGGAAGUUGGAUCAGGCUGUUGAUAGUUACUUCGCAUCAAAUGGCGCGGCACCAGCUUCAAAGAUCGAAGAGACGCUAGGAAAGCUUUUUGAGAAGUACCGGGCAAACGAUCUGGAAGGCCUGACAAGCGUCAAUGGCACCAUGCAGUACUGCAACGAUAUUGGUGUUGGCUUGGAGAAUGCAGAACACCUGGUUUUGUUCGAGAUAAUUAAAGCACCUACCGCGGGGGAGAUGUCGAAGGCUGAGUUUGUCGACGCCUGGAAGAAAAUCGGGGCCGACAGCAUUCAGAAGCAAGCGGCCUACGUCGCUAGCCAGGUCAAGCUACUCUCUACCGACUUGGCUCUGUUCAAGAGGGUCUACAGGUGGACAUUCAUCUCUGCUAAGGACAAAAACCAGAAGGCUUUACCACUAGAGACUGGUCUCACCUACUGGAAAGUUAUUUUCAGCCCUCCAGGUAUGGAAUGGUGUACGGAUGUUACCAACUGGUGCGACCUGUGGGUGGAGUUUCUCCAAAAGAAUUGGACAAAGAGUGUCAAUAAAGAUAUGUGGAACCAGACGGAGGCAUUCUUCGAGAAGGUGAUGGUGGACCCGACCUUGAGCUUCUGGAGUGAAGACAGUGCUUGGCCUGGGGUAAUUGACCAGUUCGUAGAAUAUGCCCAGAGAGAGAAGGGUCUCAAGUCAGAUACCAUGGAGACUGAUUAG